UGAUUUCUUCCGGGUUCCCGUCGUCCCACUGUGCUUGUUUGGGUGUUUCAACAUGACUCAAACUCACAUUCCGCGGUCAUAAUCCAACUAUUCCUGGACUUUUGCAACAGUUUAGGUGAACAAAGAUGCCUCGUGGACGAGUUUGAGUGUGUGACGUCGGAGAAGUUUAAAUCGUGAGGUUCCCGACCUGAGACACCUGUCGCUCCGGUUUGGACGCACAGGUGCGUUCGUGCGCGGAGCAGGUACCAGCCCCGGGGACGCCUGGCUCAUGCAUGAAUAUCCUCAAUAUCUGGAUACAGUUUGAAAGUAGCAGCCGAGAUGAAGGUGACAGUAACUUUCGGGAACACCGCGGUGGUUGUUCCCUGCAAAGGUGGCUGGACGGUUCGGGAUUUAAUGGAGCAAGCCACACGGAGGUACCGCAGGAUACUGGAACAGCAUGGAGAGAUCACCGUGAAGAUCCACCACUUGGAGUACGCCGAAGGAGGCAUCCUGGACAUGGACGACCUGCUGAGUGAUCUGGUCGAGGACAGAGAUAAGUUGUUGGCCGUGUUUCAAGAAGACCAGCACCGGGCCACAGACAGUCCCAGGGAGACCUUGUCUAACGGUUUCUCCAGUGCCGUUCCCAGCCCAGAACCCUCGCUCUACUUCUCCCCCCUGGAGUACGAGGACCCGUACCGGAGGGAGAUUGAAGUCAACGACGCCGUCCUCAAAGCCAAUACACCCCUCUUGGUACGGAGCAGCAGCGACUCUGCUCUGGCUCCGCCCUAUGGGAAGACCCCCACUCCUCCACCUGAAGAGCAAAGCGAUAGACCCCCCGAAACGGAUGUCAACCAUGUGCUGAAAGGAGCCCUGGACCGACUGCGUACAGACAGCCCCACAGCCAAGAUGAACCAGGUUAACUUCAGCGGUCUGACGAGGACGGUUGAGAUCCCAGGUGACCGGGGACCUCUGGGUAUCCACGUGGUCCCCUACUGCUCCUCUCUCAGCGGACGAACUCUGGGCCUCUAUAUUAAAGGCAUCGAGGACAGCAGUCGCUCCAAGAAAGAGAACCUCUUCAGGGAGGAUGAAUGCAUCGUCCAGAUUAAUGACACUACACUCCACGAUAAAACCUUUGUCCAGUCUCAGGAGGUGUUUCGCCAAGCUAUGAUGGCCCCCACGAUGUGCCUGGAGGUCCUCCCUGCAGCUAACAGGCCUCGCUACGAGAAGGGUUUGAUCGGCCAGCUCUUCAUAGGAGAAGGAAAAGACUCCCCUACCAAAGGGAGAAGCCCGAUGGUCUCCCGAGCUCAAGCCGAGCCCCAGCCAGAACUGCCACACGCUAAAACAGAAGUCAGGCGGCCGGACGCACGCGCCAAGACCUCGGACCCGGUGCUGCAGAACAGUCCGCGGCUGCAGUCUCGGUCUGGCCCGGGCUCGUUGGAGAGGUCGUCGCCCGCACCCCCGGCCCGGGCAGCGAGCGCCUCUCCGACAUCCAGGACGCGCAGCGAGAGCCCGCUGGACGCUAGGAAUCCUGGUCCGCCGCUGCUGUCCAACCUCGCUAACAAAAAGGGCGGCAAGAAGAUAAAAAUUGACCUGAAGAAAGGCACGGAGGGACUGGGCUUCACCGUGGUCACCAGGGACUCCUCCGUCCACGGGCCAGGGCCCAUCCUGGUGAAGAACAUCCUGGCGCGCGGCGCGGCGGUCAAGGACGGCCGUCUGCAACCCGGAGACCGCAUCCUGGAGGUGAACGGCGCCGACAUGACGGGCCGCAGCCAGGAGGAGCUGGUGGCGAUGCUGCGCAGCACCAAGCAGGGCGAGAGUGUGAGUGUGGUGGUGGUGCGGCAGGAGGACAUCUUCCUUCCACGAGAGCUGAAAAGUGAGGAGCCAGCCAGCCAGGUGCUGGAGGACGGCAGGGAGCAGCUGAUGUACGAGAUCCCGCUCAACGAGACGGGCUCGGCCGGCCUGGGCCUCAGCCUGAAGGGCAACAAGUCCAGAGAGACGGGAGAGGACCUGGGGAUCUUCAUCAAGUCCAUCAUCCACGGCGGGGCCGCUUAUAAGGACGGCCGGUUGAGCGUCAACGACCAGCUGAUAGCGGUCAACGGCGAGUCGCUGCUGGGACGCUCCAACAACGUUUCCAUGGAGACGCUGAGGCGGUCCAUGUCGGCGGAGGGAACCGCCAGAGGAACCAUCCAGCUCGUGGUCCUGCGGGCCCCCAGACAGGCGGUUAGUGCCACAUCUGCAACCAAAGUCUCCUCCGGCCAUCAACCCGACGUCCAAGCGGGCUCCGGCAAUCAGGAGCCCCGGGGGCACGACGGACCCCAGAGGCCGCCCGGACGCGCCAGACCUCCGAACCUGGAACCCGCCGCCAACGGAGCCGGUCUCGCUCUGGUGACGGCCGGCAGUCACACGAGCAGCGACUCUGGAAGUGCCGCCACCGCCAACGGCAGCUACGGUCACUACAGCAACGAGGACGAGGAGCCAGGCUUCCCCCCGCCACCCUCCCCUGGCACUGUGGAGGAAAUGAACAGAGAGUUUUCUCUCACUCCGCCUCACCGCAGUGUGUCGCCCAGAAUGCCUGCACCCUUGUACGCAUACAGCCAAGUGGCCAACGACGUGGACAACAUGCCGCGGAGCCGGACGUCCAAGAGCAUGGACCUGGUGGCUGAUGAGAGCAACGUGGGAUCCCUGGUCAGGCGAAGUGAUGACGAGCCCUCGGACGGAGGGGCGCUGGGCCCAACCCUGGGCCUGGUGAAGUCCAGCUCCUUGGAAAGCCUCCAGACGGCCGUGUCGGAGGCCAAGCAGAGUCACAUCCAAGCCCAGGUGCCGUUCCAUCGGCCGCGGCCCAACAUGGUCCGGGGCCGAGGCUGCAACCAGAGCUUCCGCAACGCCAUCGACAAGUCCUACGACGGGCCGUCGGAAGACGACGACGACAUGUCGGAGCAUAGCUCCGGCCACGAAACAGCCGCCAGCACCUCCUCCCGCCAGGAUCUGGACGCAGACGAUGGCAACAAGAAGAAGAAGAAGAAAACCAAGGGGAAGAAGGAGAAAAAGCCCAAAGGCAAGAAGAAAACGGAGAGUCCUGCGGAGGAGCUGGACAAGAAGACCAAAAAGAGAUUCGGCCUGUUACGGUUUGGCAAAAAGAAAGAAGAUAAGAGCAAAGAUGCAGCCAAAACAUCCAAAAACAAGCUGGAAGCCCUGAGUGAGGAGCAGUUGGACAGCGAGGACAACAUAGAUGGCUACAGCUCCCGUUACGCCGACACCCUUUCCGGUCACACCACCCCUGACCGCGGCUCCCUGCCUGACGUAGAAGAUGACGACAACGACCCCAACUACGCCCGGAUCACCAACUUCCGGCAGCCGCCUUCGCCGCAGUCCUUGGACAGCCGCACGCCCUCCCCGUCCGUGCCGCCAGGGCGCCCCGGCCAGCGCCAAGUAGCUUCGGACGAUCUCGACGGGCUCUACGCCAAAGUCAACAAGCCCAAACCUUCGUCUUCUCUGCAGAACCAGCAACAGAUGCAAGCAGACAGUGACCACCGUCCCCAGCGCCGGGACUACCAGCAAGGCCGCGUCGCACCACUUUACGAGGAGCUAGAGGCAGCACGACGCCGCGUCCUGGACCACGACCCACACAGGAUUGCUCCCAGAGGACCUGAAUCUCGACCUGAGCGCCAUUAUGAACAGAUAGAUCGGCAUCACCCCGGGCAACCCAGGAGGGACCCGUAUGAUUACCCCACCCACUCCAGGCCGGGGGCCAGAGAGCCGGGCCCCUACCCCGGCCACCACCAGGACCCUGCCGCUUCCAGCCACCCGGGCCGCCUGCCGCUGCCCCAGUCGUCCGGCCAGUACCAGGCGGGGCCGGGCAACCCUCGCUACUAUCCCUCCUCUCCCCACGCGGGGCAGCAGCCGCACCGCGCCGCCCUCAGGCAAGACGUCCCCCCGUCCUCCGUGCCCCGGCACUACAACGAGGCCGUCAGGGGGAGGGGAGACGGCUACCGGCAGGCCAGCCCGGACAGGUACGGCAGGGAGCGCUACCGAGAUCACUACCAGGAGGACAAGAAGCCCGAGCCCAGGCGGAAGAACCCCGUCAUAGGUGCCGUGUAAGAAGUAGAAAAACGGAAUACUUAAUCAACGUGUGCAGGUUAUUUAACAGAAUUAAUAAACGAGAAGAAUAAAAGUUAAUUUCCUUUCCGCGUGCACAUAUCGUAGAGAUGCUCUGACACAUUUGCAGAUGCAGAUUUUAUCAUUUAGAAGUGAAAUAAAUGAAGAUCUUUAGCAAAUUAGAUCAUACAUAUGUAGAGUAACCCUUGUGCCAAAUGAAGUAUAUCCCAGCAAUUAAAGUAUUGCAGACUUUUGCACAAACCGACGGAAAUGAAGAGGGAUCACCUUGACCGGUUAGACGACUAACACAGAGAAACAGGAAGUGGACAAAGAGGAAAAGGAAGUAACUCCCCUUCUCGUGUCUCUUAGUCCUUGAUGUUUUGUCGCGUGGACUUCCUGCCAUCACACUGCCUUUAUUGUCUUUUCUUUUUUGUAUUUUUGCCUUGAUUAUUUGGAUGUGGCUUAUACAUUUACUGUGCAUUUGUCGAGUGUAAUAAAUGUAAUACAGAUGAGUUUAUUAUUGAUAUUUGUGUGGCGCUCCUAAUAAGAUGUAAACAUUUUGAUCUGCACAAACAUUACAUGUUGUAAAGGUAAGCUAUGUGACUCCUCGUGGUCUGUGCAGCUAAUAAAUAACUAAAUUAA